AUGUUUGCAGAUAAUACCAGCCUUACAGCUGUGGGUAAGACAUUAAAUGAAGAAGAAGAGAUAGCGAAUAAGGACUUGAAAAAUGUUAAAGUGUGGUUGUCUUCAAACAGACUUAGCUUAAAUAUUGCGAAAACGGAAUAUAUUUUGAUUGGAUCACGCCCUAAGAUUAAUAGCAUGGAUGUCCAACCCACAGUUAAGAUCGACACAUGUCCAAUCAAAAGAGUAAAAUGCGCAAAAGUGCUAGGAGUUGAAGUCGACGAGAACCUAAACUGGGAAAAAGAUAUUGAAUAUAUCGCUAGUAAAGUAUCUUCGGGGAUUGGUGCGUUAAAAAAAACUUAAAGAAUUUGUAGACCGAGAUACAUUAGUGCUGGUGUACAAUGCAUUGAUCUAGCCGCAUUUUGAUUACUGUUGUGAGGUUUGGGAUGAACUUGGCAAAGGCCUCGGCGAACGUCUUCAAAAAUUGCAGAAUCGAGCGGCUAGAUUAAUUAUGAAUUUUAAUAAUGAGCAUGGACAGUCUAUCUUAGCUCGUACUGCUUUCGGUUGGACAUCUCUUGAAGAACGUAGAGCAUUAAUGAAGGGCAAACUCAUGUACAAAACAGUAAAUCAAUUAGCUCCACAAAGACUGUGUAACAUUUUCCAAUUUUCCAACACUGUUAAUAGUUAUAAUCUAAGAGGUUCUUCAACUGGGCUUUUUAUUCCAAGGCCCAGGACAGAAUUUUUUUUAAAAAGUUUCAGUUACAAUGGGUCUAAAUUAUGCAAUAGAAUACCAGAAAAUAUACGAAAUUCGAUAUCUUACAACUUGUUUUGUAAAAACCUUUUCUCCUCGGCCUCCCAAUUAUUAAGUUAAGUAGUUUAUAGUUAAGUGAAUAUUUAAUAGCAUUUAUAUAAUAAUAGUUUGUAUGUAGUAGUAAAUUAGUCUUAAAAUUGUAACAGUUAGCCAGCACAGCUCUCAUGGAAAUCAGCUUAAUGUUGAAUGAGAUUAGUGUACCUAAAUAAAGUUUAUCUAUCUAUCUAUCUAUCUAUCUAUCUAUCUAUUUAUCUAUCUAUCUAUCUAUCUAUCUAUCUAUCUAUUUAUCUAUCUAUCUUCAAUCUCUACCCGAAUUAUACCAAAACAUUAUCAGCGGCUUGCGCUUGUCCCUUGUAGAUACAAUUUUCAAGCCGCAAGUAUAGAUAUAUUUUCUGUUCGGACUUCUUAUUGUUUCAGACAUAGUUAUGUAUAUUUUACAGCAAAAACCCAGAGGAAACGUGGUUUAAAUACAAGCAAAAGUAAACCUGGAGACUCGCUACAGAUUAACGUCCCUAGUGAUAUUGGUGUGGUGAUAGCUGAAGGAGCUAAGAAAGUGGGACAGCAAUUGAGAAUGUAAGUUUAAUUAGUUUGUUGGGGGGUAUCGGUAGACUUCAUAUAUCCUAUAGUGUUGGCCGUAUUUUGCGCGAUGCUGCUCUGGGGACACCCCCCAUGAGAUUUGUUCCACCUCCUUUGAAAACUCAUCCACUUCCUCUUGAAAAAGUUAAAUGAUGGGUCAAAGUCAAAAUUUAACUCAAACUUCACACAGAGAUGAUGAUCCGUAUCCCAACGGAUUCAUCUCACUUUUCUCUUCAUCUUGAAUAUAAACUUUACUUGGAGGCGAAAAGUUUUAUUUGAAGGCCACCGCAUGUUAGUACUGCUUCUGGUUCCAACUUUUGUCCUACUUUUGCCCUAUAUUUUUCCUACUUUAUUCCUGCUUUUCCUAAAAUGCUAGCUAACCCAAUUUUAUCUUACUUAUUUACAUAAGUAUGCCAGCUAGAUUUAAAGAUUAGUGUUUUCUUCGUGACUUCGGCACGUCUAAAUUUUUAUCCGUUUACACGAUAUAAAGCGGAAAUUCGUUAAUUUUUUUUGUCACAAAUAAAUGUAAAACAGUCAAGACGGUUGAUACCACCAGGAUUGAAUACUUGAAUUAUAGCCAAAAAAUAAAAAAUAAUAAUUUCUUGGUUUUACAUCCGGGUAUAAGUCAAAUUUGCCGCUAUAUGCAUGCUUCAAUUUAUCCCUUUCGUUAGCCUGAAAUCUUCCUACAAUACCUCCUCCACUCUUAUAAUCUCCAUCAUAAACCUGAUUUACUGUAUUUACAAUCAUCACAUAAUUUAUAAAUUAUUAUUGUGUUUUCUUUUACUCAUCGUGCAGUAGUUCCCAGUCCGCGAAGUGCCAAAUGUUCACAUACCAAAAGAUAGCCAGCCGACUGUUCCAAAUGAUCCCACGAGUUCCCCGCGUAAUGCAACCGCUCUGGAGGACUACAGGAAAGUUAACCAGGUCGAGUUAACUGGUGGUAUUCACAGUACAAGUGAACAGCAGAAUAUUCCAGCUGCUGGCAUAAUAACGGAGCAAUUGACAGGCAUCCAAGGUGCUAUGGAUGUUAUGGAAAAUCCCGAAGUCAAUGAUGAGGAGGAAAGUUUGUCUCUGUUAAUGAAUGUUAUAGAAAGUGAAGGUUUGAGCAGUGUUCUUAGUGACAUGGACUGGAAUCUUAUGAGAUAG